CAGGGACAGCGUGUCCCAUUUAAGCCGUGCUGCUGGGUGCGCAGGCGGCGAGCCUGGAUGUUCAGCUCACUAACCCUUCUAUUCUGGCUCAGCCCGGGGGUGACACUCGCCGCCCCUUCCAGCGGGGAGCUGCCCGCGAUGGGCGGCAUCGAGAAUUGCCAAAAUGCUUUGGAAUUCUUAAACGAUUCAAAAGCUGAAGUCUCUGAGGAUACAAAAGCAUAAGAACACAAGAAGCAGCAAGGAGGAUUCAGUGCCAAUGCAGCAACAAAAAAGACAGCCAGAGUUAGUGGAAGGAAAUCUUCCUGUUUUUGUUUUUCCUACAGAACUUAUAUUUUAUGCAGAUGACCAGUCAACACACAAGCAGGUGUUGACUCUAUAUAACCCCUAUGAGUUUGCCUUAAAAUUCAAAGUUCUUUGUACAACUCCAAAUAAAUAUGCGGUGGUGGAUGCUACUGGUGCAGUGAAGCCUCAGUGCUGUGUUGAUAUCGUGAUUCGUCACAGAGACGUUCGGGCUUCUUACUAUGGUGUCAUAGAUAAAUUCCGUCUCCAAGUGUCUGAGCAGAGCCAGAGGAAAGCAUUAGGGAAAAAGGAGAUCAUUGCUACUCUGCUUCCAUCUGCAAAGGAACAACAACAACAAAAGGAAGAGGAGGAAAAACGAAUAAAAGAACACCUGGCUGAAAGUGUCUUUUUUGAGCAGACUUUGUGUCAACCAGAAAACAGAACUGCCUCGUCGGGACCUAGUUUACUCACAGUCUUCCUUGGAGUGGUGUGUGUCGCAGCACUAAUGCUACCUACAUUGGGGGAAAUGGAAUCCCUGGUGCCUCUCUACCUCCACUUAAGUGUGAAUCAAAAGUUAGUAGCUGCUUAUGUUUUAGGUCUCAUCACCAUGGUUAUUUUGAGAACAUGAGCAAUGAGUUCAUAGGAUGUCAAACACCUUACUGUAUAUUCACAUCAUGAAUGUGGACUGCCUUUUACUCCCAUUUGGCUCAUUAAGAUGCUAGCAAAACUGUUCAGUGAUUUAAGAUACCUUCAGAAGUGUAAUAUAUUUUAACUGUGUAUAAUAAAUGAAAGACUCAAAGCACUGUGCGGUGCUUCUGUAACAGACAGCUAUGAAAUGUUCAGUGAUACCUGUGAAAAUAAUUUGAAAAAAACUUUUAUAUCUAUGCCUACUGUAAAAAAUCCUUAUUAAAACAACAUUUGUUAUUUUUAGUCUAUGUUCACAUCAGUGCGUGAUCACUAUAAAAGCAAACUGUCCUCUGUAAAAACGCUCAUUUGGUUUGUGGCUGUACCUGCUGAGGCUGGCACAUAACACUUCUGUAUAUACACACCAGAGGGGUGAGAGUCGUGACUGAUCAUUGAGGAAAAUGAAAAAUUCCAUCAGUGGAACUGAAAUAAACCAUGAAUUUUAGGUGAAGAAGUAAUUCUCAAAUUUCUUACUUCAUCAUUACCAAUAUAUCGUUGAGUGCUCAUUUUCUUACCUGGGGAAAUAAUUUCUUGCAACAGUCAUUUUGUACCACAAUUACUAGACAAUAAAACCGAGUUCUGUAAUCAGAUUCUUCAUUUCUUAGGGAUGCAUGGAAGUGGCAUUAAUGGAAGCUGAACUCAUACUAAUACAAAAUUAAUCAUUUUCUCUAUUUUAGAGACCAAACUAAGUGAAAUAGCAAAGGCAUUUCUCUACAUCCCUCCCCCCACAGCUACCACAGGGACUUCUUUUCUAUCAGAAACUCCUGCUUAAAUGCCAGUUUCAUAUUUGAGGUGAACAUUAAUCUUGUUUCAUACAACAAGUAUUUCCCUUUAUUUGACAUUUCAUUGUCGAGAUGUUAAUUCUAAAAGGGCAGCUAUUACUGCAUUGGAUUCAUACAGACAAAUCUUUGUUUGUAAGAAGUCUAUAGAGUAUGCUCUGAUAUGAAUAAUAAAGUUUGGAAAUCAAACCUUC